AUGGCCCGCAUCGACAUGCUGAAUGCCCCGACAAAACCAUGUCACAACUGCCGCCGCCGCCGUCUCCGCUGUGACCGCUCCUACCCCCACUGCCACAAGUGCACCGCGGCCGGCCAGGAGUGUCUGGGCUACGGCAAGCUCUUCCGCUGGACUGAGGGCGUCGCGAGCCGCGGGAAGCUCGCCGGCAAGGCCACAAUCACCUUCUCCUCCGCCCCGGAGCCCGAGUCUCAUUCGUCAUCCCUCCAACUCGCCGACCCGGCAGCCUCCUCGUCCUCCUCCGGGACCCAGCACCCAGAACUCCCGCCGGCGGCAUCCACGGAACCAGAGCCCAGCAGCGCCCUCGUCGUCUCCGCCGCCGCCGUCCGCCCCGGGACCCAGUCGGCCCCAUGGACCCUCGUCGACCCUCUCUUCCAGGAUGUGGAGCAUCACUACCGCCACUACCUCUCAUAUUUCACCACCCGCGUCUGCAGGGAUCUCGUCUCCUGGGACGUCCCAGACCGUAACCCCUUCCGCUCCCUCGUCCCGCUGACGAGAGCGCACCCCCUGCUGCAGCACAUCAUCGUCGCCGCGUCGGCCGCCCACAUGUCCAACCUCUCCCGCGCCGUCUCCUCGGAUCCGGUGGCCGACCUCAACGCCCGUCAGGCCCUGAACGACGCCCUCAUCGCCAAGCACAAGGCCCUCCGUCUGCUGUCGUCUGCCAUCCAGAGCAUCGGCAGCAGCGGCGGCGUCGGCGGCGACGUCGUGCUCGCGGCCGUGCUCUUCUUCGUCAACGUCGAGUUGAUCGAGAGCGGGCAGUCCGGCUGGAAGCCCCAUCUCGAAGGCGCCGGCCGCAUCAUGGCCUUCCUGCCGCCGGUGGGCUCGGCCGAUGAGGCCUUGAGGGACUAUGUCAUGUCUGAUUGCUUCAUAUAUUACAUCUUGGCUUCGGCUUUCAACACGUCUCCGCCUACCGCCGCCAAAUCCUACUACCAGUCUGUGCAGGCGUCUUCUAUCCUAGGAAGGGCCGCCGCCAACAGCUAUCUGUGUUGUCCGCCUGAUAUUCUGCAGAUCCUCCUCGACGCCUCCCAGCUGUCAACAACAGAGGCAGAUGACCUUGACUCUACUGCCCAGGCUGGCGCGCAGCUGCUAGAGAAAGCUUUGGCCUUCGACAUUGAGAACUGGGCAUAUGAGCAGCGAAACAUUUCCUACUUCCAGCAAAUCCCGGUCGAAAGCCGCAUACACGCCGGCUCCGCACAUCGCAUUGCCGCCAGCCUGUACAUCUUGCACAGUGUUCCGGCCAUAUCAAAGCUCGUGUCAGUCAGCCGCGAUGAGUUGGAUUCGGAGCUCUACUACCAUCUUUCCUCCAUCUCUGACGAAGAUCCUAACUUCAAGGCGACUUGUUGGCCGACAUUCAUUGCCGGCGCCGGCGCAUCCAACCCCGACAGACGAGCAUGGGCCCUCUAUCGGCUCAAGAGGCUCAUGAUUGCGACACCGUGGGGUUUCAUCACGACUGCCAUGGACACCUUGCAGACCAUCUGGAGUUUGGAAGAGUCCCUCGACCCCAGCACGCAGACAGAAAGGAGCUGGGUGCAGAAGCUCAAGUCCUCUGACCUCAACUUCCUCAUCGUGUGA